AUGAAUUCUCUUCCAGGCAAAACGGUGCUGUCACUCUGCAGACGCACGCCAGCGGGCGCUAUGAGGGUCUUUGCAGGCUCCAGGACUCAGUCCGUGGUCCAUCCGGCAGACAGGGCCUCCAUCCAGGCUCUGAGGGUUUGUCACUCCGGGUCGGGCCGCCAGCACAGCAUCAGCACCAAGAAACGCGGCUAUGACAUCACCAGAAACCCCCAUCUCAACAAGGGGAUGGCUUUCACUCUCGAGGAGCGACUCCAGCUGGGCAUCCACGGCCUAAUUCCUCCCUGCUUCCUGUCCCAGGACGUCCAGGUGCUGCGGGUCAUGAAGAGCUACGAAACACGAACCAACCCUUUAGACAAGUACAUCCUGCUAAUGACACUUCAGGACAGGAAUGAGAAGUUGUUUUACCGUCUUCUGACCUCAGAUGUAGAAGAGUUUAUGCCCAUCGUGUAUACGCCCACGGUGGGGCUGGCCUGCCAACAAUAUGGCCUGGCCUUUAGGAGACCACGAGGACUCUUCAUCACAAUCCAUGAUAAAGGCCACAUUGCCACCAUGCUCAACUCCUGGCCUGAGGAAGACAUCAAGGCCAUUGUGGUGACAGAUGGGGAGCGCAUCCUCGGUCUGGGUGACCUGGGCAGUUACGGGAUGGGUAUCCCUGUGGGCAAACUGGCUCUCUACACCGCGUGUGGAGGCGUCCGGCCACAGCAGUGUCUCCCCGUGCUGCUGGACGUGGGCACUGACAACCAGGUGCUUCGGGAUGACCCUUUGUACAUUGGACUGAAGCACAAGAGAGUAAGAGGAAAGGAAUAUGAUGACCUGAUAGACGAGUUCAUGCAGGCAGUGACCGAUAAGUAUGGGAUGAAUUGCCUGAUUCAGUUUGAGGACUUUGCCAACAGCAACGCUUUUCGCAUACUUAACAAAUACCGGAAUCGUUACUGUACAUUCAACGAUGACAUCCAAGGUACCGCCUCGGUAGCAGUCGCGGGGAUCUUGGCCGCCUUGAAAAUCACCAAAAACAGUCUUUCAGAUCACACGUUUGUCUUUCAAGGGGCAGGGGAGGCCGCUCUGGGGAUCGCCCAUUUGCUCAUAAUGGCGAUGGGCAAAGAAGGUGUGAGCAGAGAAGAUGCCGCCAAGAGGAUGUGGAUGGUUGACUCCAAAGGUCUCAUCGUAAAGGGAAGGAGCCAUCUAAACCAUGAGAAAGAGGAGUUUGCUCAUGAGCACCCCCAUCUGAAAACCCUGGAGGAGGUGGUACAGACCGUCAAACCCACCGCUAUCAUCGGCGUGGCGGCCAUCGCAGGAGCGUUUACCGAGAAGAUUAUCAAAGACAUGGCGUCCUUCAACGACCAGCCGAUCAUCUUCGCCCUCAGCAACCCCACCAGCAAGGCCGAGUGCACGGCAGAGCAGUGCUACAAGCUCACGGAGGGGCGGGGCAUCUUCGCCAGCGGCAGCCCCUUCAGCAAGGUGACCCUGGCGGACGGGCGAACCUUCUACCCAGGUCAGGGUAACAACGCUUAUGUAUUCCCUGGCGUGGCUCUGGGAGUUAUCGCCUGCGGGGUCCGCCACAUAUCGGACGACAUCUUCCUCACCACGGCAGAGGCCAUCGCUGACAUGGUGACGGAGGAGCACUUGGCGGAGGGAAGACUCUACCCUCCACUCAACACCAUAAGGGAGGUGUCGUUUAAGAUUGCCGUUAAGAUUGUCGACUACGCAUACAAACACAACGUUGCAUCCUUGUACCCCGAGCCGAAAGACAAGGAGGCGUUUGUGCUGUCUCACGUCUACAGCCCCGACUAUGACUCCUUCACCCUGGACACCUACACUUGGCCCCAGGAGGCCAUGGAGGUCCAAGAUGUGUGAUGCCUCCACCGCUUCCUCGCCAUCCUUCAGCCCCCCUGAAAUUUGAACCGCUGCAACUGAGCAUUGCUUCUGCUCGCAAAACGCCACCAUUCAUCCAUGCCUUAGAUAGUUUUUUUUUCUUCUUUUUUUUAAUUUAAUACCAGAAGGUGGCUGCUCAAAUAUACACAAAAAUUCAAAUCCAACACAACCGGUGGACAGUAUAAUUAAAAUGCACAGCCAACCAAACAAUGCAUUGCUUUUGCUGAAGCCGUCUUGCUGCCUAUAUUUGUUCAGUUGGUGUUAUGGUGUCCCAUGUACUAUUUAAUUUUUUAAGUGGCCUGUACUUCGCAGAUGACUCGAGAUGUUUAUUACAUCAACUGUACAGCAUAUCGGAUGCUGUAGCUGUGUCCAGUAUACAUGUUGGAUAAGGUAUUCUCACGUGGUGCAUGCCAUCCACAUUGGCUCCGAAAGGGAAGUUUCAGUCUCCUGACUGCAACAUGAUGCCAACUGGUCUUGGUUGAACAGGGGACUUGACAUGCAGAUCUUCAUAGUGCCUGUAUAAGUGUGACCUCAGGGGUUAAACCCUCAGCCCUAGUUUGGUGGGAGGCCAGAUAGGAUAAAUGAAGGUUGUCACUGGGCACAUGGCAGCACUUGUGUCAUCGCUGCAGUGACUUGGUGUAUUUACACCCCUGUCACGCCACGCUAUAGCCCCGGUUGUGACCCCAUCUCUUUUGUAACCGCUAGUUAGUCUUGGAUGGGCUCACAUAAAAUUACCAUAGACGGACACGAGGAAUAAAUCAAAAGGUCACCUUUUUACCUGUUUUUAAAUCAGGUAUUGCAUCUUUGAGGGUGUACUCAUGUUCAAAGUCUUUGCGGUCUACUUGUGUGGGGUAAAAUGUUUAGCAGGGGUGAAACAAAUGUUCCAUCCAUCCAUCCAUUAUCUGAACUGCUUAUCUUGCUCUCAGGGUCGCAGGGAUGGUGGAGCCUAUCCCAGCAGUCAUUGGACGGCAGGCGGGGAGACACCCUGGAAAGACUGUAGGGCCGACACACACACACACACACACACACACAUUCACACCUAGGGACAAUUUAGUAUGGGUGAUUCACCUGACCUACAUGUCUUUGGACUGUGGGAGGAAACCAGAGCCCCCGCAGGAACCCCACGCAGACACGGGGAACACAUGCAAACUCCACACAGAGGACGACCCCCAAGGUUGGACUACCCCGGGGCUCGAACCCAGGACCUUCUUGCUGUGAGGUGACCGCGCUAACCACUGUACCACUGUGCCACCAACAAAUGUUGUAAUCGCAUAUUUCAAUGGCUUGUGCUGUUGAUUUUGAGUUCGAAGAUGGCUCGGUCUGCUGCACCUCUUCGUUGUACGUUACGGAAACGUAAAUGCAGCAGACAAACGUACAGCAAAGGUUGAAGAAGCGCCACACAAACUUCGCAUACGUUACCGUAACGAACAGCGAAGAAGUGCAGCAGACAGCGCCAUCUUCGCCCUCCAAAUCAACAGCACGGGCUGCUGACAUAUGUGAUUCUAGGGCGGCACGGUGGCCCAGUGGUCAGCACUGUUGCCUUGCAGCAAGAAGGUCCUGGGUUCGAACCCCAGGCCGUCCCAGGUCCUUUCUGUGUGGAGUUUGCAUGUUCUCCCCGUGUCUGCGUGGGUUUCCUCCAGGUGCUCCAGUUUCCUCCCACCAUCAAAAAGACAUGCAUGUUAGGGUUAACACUCCUGUCUGUGCCCCUGAGCAAGGCAGUGGAAAGAAGAACUGGAGUUGGUCCCCAAGCGCUGCAGCUGCCCACUGCUCCUAUACGAUAGGAUGGGUUAAAUGCAGAGAACAAAUUCAUUGUAAGAAUACAAUGACAAAAAUAAAGUGGCUUUCUUUCUUCUUUUCUUUCUCUUAAACAUUUGUUCCACCCCGGCUAAACUCUUUACCCCACUGGUAGGACUGCAGAGACCUUCAACAUGAGCAUACCUUAAAAGAUGCUAUACCUGGUUGAAAACGUGUAAAACCGUGACCUUUUGAUUUCUUCCUCAUGUCCGUUGGUGGUACGUUAUGUGACCCGGUCUCAGAGUCAGAGGUUGGGAAGAGAUGGGAUGACAGGUGGGGCUCGGCACGCCAAUUCAUUUAACACGUACACUGGACUCGAAUACACUCCACGUUCUUGUCUUGGUCUUGCUCCGUUGUGGGCCUCGCCCCGGUCUCGCUGUGUCCGUGCUGCAAGAAUCUGCUGCAAUUGACCACGUUAGUCACGUGCCAACGGGAUUCAAGCUUGGUGACGAAUAUUUGAGUUCAAUGCAGGCUUUGAACAUCUCUCGAGUGUCACCGUCACCUUUAAUUGGACUUUGCUGGGAUGUUGUCAUACAUCAGCGUGUUUCCUGUUGGGCUUUUAAACCUUCCUGUUUCGGUGUUUGAGUUAGAGUUAUGGAUGUGACGUUACUUUAGUGAGGGAACUCAUCUUUACUAUCCUCCCGGUGCCAACCGCUGAUGUACCGCGGAGGAGUUUUUAUUUGGGAUUUUCAAGGAGAUUGAAUGUUUUCGAAGGGAAAA